ACCUGGCUCCGUCUAGAACUACGUACCAUGGAGGACCGCUACGCAGGCCAGGAUGAUGAGCACGUCUCCAAACAUUCUGCGAGCUACUCAGUUAUCAACGCUGCCUAAUAUACAGAGGAAAGUCGCUGUAUUUUCCAAAGGUGCAGGAAUGAAACAAAGAUACUUCAGCGUAGGGGAUUUCACGAGGGGAAUUGGAGAAGACGCUCAUGUUUGAUAGAUAUCGCUUACGUAAUAUCGCAUUGCUUUUAUGGGCGUUCAGCGGAAAUCCCACCUUCGCCAUCGCCGUUGACAACGACCGGACAGAGCUCACUGCUGUCCUCCACGUCCUCCUCUUUAUUCAGGAGCCCUCAACGUCGUCUCCAACAUCCUUGAAUGUGCUGAACACUUGCUUUCUUUACAUAUUUGCUAAUCCCUUCUAAUCGUUGGUGCUUGUGGCUACCAUGAACGCAACCCGGUAUGACCACCCUCCACAUUCACGACUACAGGGGCCGACCACGACAGGAUGGUCCGUCUACGAUGCGUAUGAUGAGAAGCAGCAUCAUGUGUCUACAAACGCCAGCUGGCUGGCAAGGUCACACAGUACUUUACCCCUCAAUUACCGCGACCAUGAGAAGCAUCGCUCAUGGAUAGACGUCGACCCUACUUCUCCUCUUGCCCCUGCGAUGCGACGUCUUACCCACCUCCGAAAAUCCAUAUUGCGCAAGCUAUCGUCUGCGGAUGGCUUUUUUGGCUCAAGACGUGGGGGUCUUACAACCUCAGGGUCGUCAUCGAAUUGGGUAGUACCAUCAGGAGAUACUAUCCGUUUCAUUCUCCUCUGCAGCUUAUGGUACAUGUCAUCUGCGCUCUCAUCUAAUACUGGAAAAGUCAUCCUAAACCAAUUCCGCUACCCCAUUACUCUCACAUUCGUACAAUUUGGGUUCGUGGCGGCAUAUUGUCUGUUGUUCAUGAGCCCUGUUGUUCGGUUCUCCACCCUCCGAAGACCCACAAAGUCUAUUCUUCAGAGUACAUUUCCGAUGGGGUGUUUCCAAGUCGGCGGUCACAUUUUCUCCAGUAUGGCUAUCUCACGGAUCCCCGUCAGCACGGUGCACACUAUCAAGGCUCUGUCACCACUAUUCACAGUAGCUGCGUAUGCACUGUUAUUUGGCGUCAGUUAUUCGGGAAAGACCUACUUUUCCUUGAUUCCCCUCACCAUCGGUGUCAUGUUGGCUUGCAGCUCUGCCAUGUCUGCGUCGAAUUCUAUAGGACUUCUGUGCGCUUUCGGUUCCGCCGUCGUUUUCGUGUCAUCCAAUAUCUUCUUCAAGAAGCUUAUGCCGUCCAACUCGAAUUCAAGCUCCGGUUCAAGUCACAAACUUGACAAACUGAAUCUGCUGUUCUAUAGCAGUGGUAUGGCGUUCCUCUUAAUGGUGCCCAUCUGGAUGUACACGGACCUGCCGUCAUUGAUGUACCAUACUCACAUGCACGUCGACGACCAUCACACCCAUCCCGUGCUAUCCACUUUCAAUCAUUUCGUCAUCAAUGGAUCUGUGCACUUCUUGCAAAACGUACUGGCUUUCGUACUACUUGCCCGGACAUCACCCGUAACAUACAGCAUCGCCUCGCUCAUUAAGCGUGUCGCGGUGAUCUGUAUUGCUGUUGUGUGGUUCAAGCAACGGGUGCAUCUGAUCCAGGGGCUGGGUAUCGGCCUCACAUUCGUUGGCUUAUGGUGUUAUCAUGGGGCGAAGGCAGAUGUCGAAAAGGGGGAGAAGAAGGUUAGGAGAGUUGAGAAUGCUCGAGAAGGCAUGCUACCUAGUACGAAGAAUGAAAUCGAAAGUGAAACCGAGGAACGGGAGAAGGUUCAGGUACAGAGUACGAGUAUCCCAGUUUCGUUGAUAUACUCUCGACCACGGGCGAACUCAGCAAUGCACCACCAUGUUGCACCUCCGCCCCCGCCAUCGUUCGUACACUCACCUGCAAAUGCGUAUGCGCGCCCGCCUCCUCCCUCUCGUCAUGCUUCAACCUAUUCUCAAACGCACCCGCAUAUGAAUCCUAAUCUACAAGUCCACAUUGCUCCUCACGAAUCGCAUCAUGUUCCUGUGAUAGUGAAGCCAGAGAUCCCACCUUCUACGACGUCUCCCAUAGAUUCUUAUCCCUCUCCACCUCCGUCAGACGCUUCUCCGCCCUCUAGUCCGGAGCUUGAAGGUCAGGAACGGUUAAUAACGGCCGCGAAGUCCGGUGAUAAGACGAGACGAGCGACCAUUGCUGGACAUACCUCUCAUGGACCUUAUGCUCAUGGACAUAAACGGAUGGGGAGUGCAGUAAGAACGGAGAUCGCUGUUGUCGCGUGAGAUCCCAGAAAGGAUGUAUUUAUCUCUAUUUCCAUUGUUGCUGCACGUAUUCACUGGACCUUGCAUUUAGUAUGUAAGAGUUCCCUUGGUGCGUUUUCGCAGUUGCAAAAUCUACGAGGCAAGACAUGCGUCUCGGACAUUCGUGCUUAUGGAUCUUGUUUGUGUUAAUUUCUCCUCACGUGUUGGAAGCGUCAGCACAUUUCUUGACGAUGUACCAUUCUUCACUGUGUUCUUUACCUUCCUCCUUAAUUUCUUUUUUUCGCAUCUUCUUUCAUCGACUUUGAACGAUCUUACCAUAUGAACUCUUGCACAAGUAUCAUCUGUAGACGUUUCUUGCAAAAUACACUACGCUACCAAUACCCGUUCAUUCGUUUCUAGAACUCCGUAAACGUGCGGUGAAUCCUCAAGCUUCAAGGCCUGAAGUCAUAUAGCCGAUAUAAGUACCAGAAUUCUC